AUGGCGGCCGCCGGCGGGAAUAGCAGGGGUGAGCGGUGGAGCCUGGCGGGCGCGACGGCGCUCGUCACCGGCGGUACCAAGGGGAUCGGUCACGCCAUCGUGGAGGAGCUGGCUGGCUUCGGUGUGCGGGUGCACACGUGCUCGCGCAGCGCGGCAGAUCUGGAGGCGUGCCGCCGGCGGUGGUCCGAGAAGGGCCUGCACGUCACCGUCUCCGCCUGCGACCUCGCCGUGCGCGCCGACCGGGAGAGGCUCAUGGAGACUGUCAAGGCCACCUUCGACGGCAAGCUCGACAUUCUGGUGAACAACGCGGGGCUGCUCUUCUUCAAGCCGGCGACGGAGUGCACGGCGGAGGACUACGCGCGGAUGAUGGCGACCAACCUGGAGUCGUGCUUCCACCUCAGCCAGCUCGCGCACCCACUGCUCCGCAACGCCUCCCUCGCCGUCGGCGGAAGCGUCGUCCACAUCUCCUCCAUCGCCAGCUUCGUCGCCUUCCCAUGGGAAGCGCUCUACUCCACGGCCAAAGGAGGACUGAACCAGCUGACGAGGAGCCUGGCUGCCGAAUGGGCGCGCGACAGCAUCCGUGUCAACUGCGUCGCGCCGGGCGUCAUCAUGACUGACAUGGUUAAGGAGGUACCGGCGGGGGCGCUGGAGCAGGAGCUGUCACGGAUCCCGAUGCGGCGUGCCGGCGAGCCGGCGGAGGUGGCGUCCCUGGUGUCCUUCCUGUGCAUGCCGGCGGCGUCCUACGUCACCGGGCAAGUCAUCUGCAUCGACGGCGGCCGGACCAUCAGUGCCUGA